GUUUCCUUGGUGAUCGGCUCACAUACUGCGCAGGCGCCGAAAGCUAGUUGUGGGCGUGGAAUCUGCUUUUUCUGGCGCAAGUCCCGGAUACAGCUAAUUUCCCGCUCCGCCCUCCUUUCUCUGACUACGGGCUCUGCGGGGUGCCUGGCUACCUGUGCUAGUGUGGGCUCGCCGGCCAGCCGGGAUUGCCGUGUUCGCGAUAUGGCUAGAGGGCAUCAGAAGAUCCAGUCACAACAGAAAAAUUUAAAGAAACAAGCAGAACAGAAAAAGAAACAAGGACAUGAUCAAAAGGCCGCAGCCAAAGCUGCCCUAGUAUUUACCUGUUCCGUCUGUAGGACUCAAAUGCCAGAUCCCAAAACCUUCAAGCAGCACUUUGAAAGUAAACACCCAAAGAGCCCACUUCCUCCAGAACUGGUUGGUGUGGAGGCAUAGAUUUAAAGGAUUUCUUCACUAUAUCGACUGUUAACCAGACCAUGGUUUAUCCAAAAAGGGGCUCCAGAAUCAUAUUUUUAUGCAGUUCCCUUUGAUGGGAUUGUUCAGACCUCUGUAAAUGUACAGUUAUUUACUAAUUUGUAAAUCUCAACUUGGGCAAUUAUCACAAAUUUUUACAGUUGUAAUUAUUGCUUUAAUGUCCAUAAUGUGUAUAAUUUGUUCAAUAAAAGUAGUAACUUGAUUUUAAAA